ACAUCACAAUAUGUGUCCAUAUCUAUAUCUUCAACUAUAUAGUCCACUUUGUUUUGUUUUCCUUUUCUUUUCUUUUUGUACUUAUAUGACUUAUUUUCUAAUUAUUAAUUAAAUUUAAGCGAGGGGUAUAUGAGAAUUAUUAUUGGCAUUUAUAAAAGGAAAGAUCAAUCAGUAGUUUUUGGGAGUAGGAGAAUUAAAGAAUGAUGAACCAAGAGGAAGCGAUGAGUAACAGGAAGCAGAAUAAGCAAGAAGAUGAUGAUGAUCAUGAAAACGACAUGGUGAUGCCAGGGUUUAGGUUUCAUCCAACGGAGGAAGAGCUUGUAGAAUUCUACCUUCGCCGUAAGGUAGAGGGCAAGAGAUUCAAUGUUGAACUCAUCACUUUUCUUGAUCUUUAUCGAUAUGAUCCAUGGGAACUUCCUGCGUUGGCAGCAAUUGGAGAGAAAGAAUGGUUUUUCUAUGUCCCAAGAGAUAGAAAGUACCGCAACGGAGAUCGCCCAAACCGUGUGACAACUUCAGGCUACUGGAAGGCUACUGGAGCUGAUAGAAUGAUCCGAACAGAGAAUUCAAGGUCCAUUGGGUUAAAGAAAACCCUCGUCUUUUACUCCGGAAAGGCUCCUAAAGGCAUCCGAACGAGUUGGAUCAUGAAUGAGUAUCGUUUGCCUCAUCAAGAAACCGAAAGGUUACAGAAGGCUGAGAUUUCCCUAUGUAGGGUUUACAAGCGAGCUGGAGUAGAAGACCACCCAUCUCUCCCUCGCACACUCCCAACAACUAGGGCUACAUCAUCAAGAAGUUCACAUGGCGACAAGAAGCAGCAUUCCCAAAACUUGCUGAGUUUCCACUCUUUCGAAGGCCAAAAUUCCAACCAAAAUGAUGAUAAAUUGAGCGAAACGAGUGGUAGUAGUUCCACAGACCUUGUUGGAACGGCUCUAGGCCUCUCCAGUCCCCUCAAUCCGUCGUAUAACAACUUUAUGACUUCAUUUCCGCCAAUCGCCACCACGCUUCCUCCACAAACGUCCUCUUUAAUCCCCCAUUGCACCCCAACCGCCUCAUCCUCUGUGUUCCCUAACUCUGUGGAUGAUCUUCAUAGAAUCAUAAGCUAUCAACAAGCUUCUGUCAAUAAUCCAGCCUCUCAGGCUUUUCAUAUUCAUAACUAUCAACAUAAAUUUUCUAAUAAUCUUUCUCCCCAUUUCUCUACAAGUAAUUUGCUUCCGCAACCGCAACUUCAACCACAACCACUGCAACCACAAUCGCAGCAACACCUGCAAAUGCAACCAAACUCGCAAGCACUUCUUGCUCUUAAUAACUUGGCAGGAGAAGUUCAGGUGACGUUUCCUGAGCGGCUCUGGGAGUGGAAUCAAAUGCCGAGCGAAGGAAACAAGGAUUACACCAACCCUUUCAAGUAA